ACGAAGAAUGGGACAAGAUUAUUCAUACAGCCAGCCUUCUUCAUCAGAUGAGUACGACAUAACCUCACUUAUUCAAGCUGAAGCUGAACUGUACGGGGAUGAAGCUGAGAGUAACUACCAUAUUGCUGAGCCGCUUCAGUACCAACCUCAACCCGAGUGUGACGAAGGAAUCCCGAGGAUAUGCUACUGUGGUGGUGACCCUGUUGGUGCAAUAUCUUCCAUGGCUAAAGAUCCAGGGAGAAGGUACUUCACCUGCCCAAAUGUCGAUGAUGGGGACUGCCACAUUUGGAAAUGGUGGGACGUGGCUAUUACGGAGGAGGUGCGUGAGUUUCAGACACAACUUAGGCAUCUUAAGGAUCAAGGUUUUGAGUGUGAGCAGAAGCUGGUAAAGCUACAGAAGACUGUCUGUGAGUUAUCUAAAGAAGAAAUUGGGGCUUAUUACAAAUGCCUUUGCAAUGGAAGUUUGUCUAGUGGUCUCUGCAGUAGUUUUUUUAGGUUUGGCGGUCAUGUAUCUGUCUCGAAGAGCUUCAAAGAAGUAAAAGCGAGUGUCUAA